AUGAGGACAAUGUUCCUCGCGCUGAGGACAAGGUUCCUCACGCUGAGGACAAGGUUUCUGACGCUGAGGACAAGGUUCCUCACGCUGAGGACAAGGUACCUCACUGACGACAAUGUUCCUCACGCUGAGAGCAAUUUUCCUCACGCUGAGGACAAGGUUGCUCACGCUGAAGACAAGGUUCCUCGCGCUGAAGACAAGGUUCCUCGCGCUGAAGACAAGGUUCCUCACGCUGAGGAAAAGUUUCCUGACGCUGAGGACAAGGUACCUCAAGCUGAGUACAAGGUUCCUCACGCCGGGGACAAGGUUCCUAACAACGUUUCUAACGCUGAGGACAAGGUUACUCACGCUGAGGACAAGGUUCCUCAAACUGAGGACUAGGUUCCUCACGUUUUUCACGCUGAGGAGAAGGUUCAUAACGAUGAGGACAAUGUUCCUCGCGCUGAGGACAAGGUUCCUCACGCUGAGGACAAGGUUUCUCACGCUGAAGGCAAGGUUCCUCACGCUGAGGACAAGGUACCUCACGCUGAGGACAAGGUUCCUCACGCUGAGGGUAAUGUUCCUCACGCUGAGGACAAGGUUCCUCACGCUGAGGACAAUGUUCCUCACGCUGAAGACAAGGUUCCGCGCGCUGAAGACAAGGUUCCUCACGCUGAGGACAAGGUUCCUCACGCUGAGGACAAGGUACCUCACGCUGAGGACAAGGUUCCUCAAGCUGAGGACAAAGUUCGUCACGUUCUUCACGCUGAGGGCCAGCUUCCUCACGCUUAGGACAAGGUUCCUAACGCUGAGGACAAGGUUCCUAACAACGUUUCUAACGCUGAGGACAAGGUUACUCACGCUGAGGACAAGGUUCCUCAAGCUGAGGACUAGAUUCCUAACGUUCUUCACGCUGAGGACAAGGUUCCUCACGCUGAGGGCAAUGUUCCUCACGCUGAGGACAAGGUUCCUCACGCUGAGGAGAAGGUUCCUCGCGCUGAAGACUAGGUUCCUCGCGCUGAAGACAAGGUUCCUCACGCUGAAGACAAGGUUCCUCACGCUGAGGACAAGGUACCUCACGCUGAGGAGAAGGCUCUCACGCUGAGGACAAGGUUCCUCACGUUGAGGACAAGGUUCCCCGCGCUGAAGACAAGGUUCCUCGCGCUGAAGACAAGGUUCCUCACGCUGAGGACAAGGUUCCUCACGCUGAGGACAAGGUUCCUCACGCUGAAAAACAAGGUACCUCACGCUGAGGACAAGGUUCCUCACGCUGAAGACAAGGUUUCUCGCGCUGAAGACAAGGUUCCUCACGCUGAGGACAAGGUUCCUCACGCUGAGGACAAGGUACGUCACGCUGAGGACAAUGUUCCUCACGCUGAGGAGAAGGUUCCUCACGCUUAGGACAAGGUUCCUAACGCUGAGGACAAGGUCCCUAACAACGUUUCUAACGCUGAGGACAAGCUUACUCACGCUGAGGACAAGGUUCCUCAAGCUGAGGACCAGGUUCCUCAUGUUCUUCACGCUGAGGACAAGGUUCAUAACGCUGAGGACAAUGUUCCUCGCGCUGAGGACAAGGUUCCUCACGCUGAGGACAAGGUUUCUCACGCUGAGGACUAGGUUCCUCACGUUCUUCACGCUGAGGACAAGGUUCAUAACGAUGAGGACAAUGUUCCUCGCGCUGAGGACAAGGUUCCUCACGCUGAGGACAAGGUUUCUGACGCUGAGGACAAGGUUCCUCACGCUGAGGACAAGGUACCUCACGCUGACGACAAUGUUCCUCACGCUGAGAGCAAUUUUCCUCACGCUGAGGACAAGGUUGCUCACGCUGAGGACAAGGUUCCUCGCGCUGAAGACAAGGUUCCUCGCGCUGAAGAUAAGGUUCCUCACGCUGAGGACAAGUUUCGUGACGCUGAGGACAAGGUACCUCACGCUGAGUACAAGGUUCCUCACGCCGCGGACAAAGUUCCUAACAACGUUUCUAACGCUGAGGACAAGGUUACUCACGCUGAGGACAAGGUUCCUCAAGCUGAGGACUAG